UUGAUCACCGCCUCGGUAAACAGAGGAUAUAGAAAAAUUUUAUCUGUUGAGAAUUGAGAUCGAAAUAGUACAAGAAGGAAUUUUGCCGGGAAAAUUUUGGGGUGAAAGGCUAAAUAAAUUAGAUGCCGGUUUGAAAAACCAGUCUCGAAUUGGAAUCUUGAUCAACUUGAGAAUCGUAAGCAAGGGGAUUAUUGGUCGUCGCUUUAGAUUCAACUCACCAACUCCGUUUACAGACUUGCGAUCGUCCAAUCCUCUUUGCCUUUAAGCGUACACAUAUCGGAGAAGAAGAAUCAUGGGCGUUGACAAGGAAGAGUUCCUCAAGGAGUUUGGUCACGAUUAUGGCUACCCAAAUGGUCCCAAGAGUAUCGAUGAAAUUCGAGCCACUGAAUUCAAGCGAUUAGACCAAAGUGGUCUAGUAUACUUGGACCAUGCUGGUGCAACUUUAUACUCGGAAUUGCAGUUGGAGGCAAUUUUUAAAGAUCUCAAUUCUAGGGUUUACGGAAAUCCACAUAGCCAAAGUGAAGCUAGUUCAGCAACUCUUGAAAUAGUAAGGGAAGCACGCCAACAGGUACUCGAUUACUGCAAUGCGUCUCCAAAGGACUACAAAUGCAUAUUUACAUCUGGUGCAACAGCAGCACUGAAGCUGAUUGGGGAGGCCUUUCCUUGGAACUGGGGGAGCAAUUUUAUGUACACCAUGGAGAAUCAUAAUAGUGUGCUUGGGAUAAGAGAAUAUGCUCUCAGUCAAGGAGCUGCAGCCUUUGCAGUAGAUGUUGAAAGUCCAGUGAAUCAUGGUGGAGUAAAGGUGUCACUACACCCAGUUCAACGGAGAAAUGAAGCUGAAUUUCUGGAAGGAGAGCCCAUGGGUAAUUCUUACAACUUGUUUGCUUUUCCUUCUGAGUGCAAUUUCUCAGGCUUUAGGUUCAGCCUAGAAUUGGUGAAGCUUAUAAAGGAUAAUUCAGAAAGAAUCAUGGAAGGUUCACAAUUUCACAAGGGACGCUGGUUGGUCUUGAUUGACGCAGCAAAAGGAUGUGCAACACAACCACCAGAUUUGUCAAAGUAUCCUGCAGAUUUUGUUGUAAUCUCAUUCUACAAGUUAUUUGGCUAUCCAACUGGACUUGGUGCUCUCCUUGUUCGAAAUGAUGCUGCUAAGAUACUAAAGCAGAAUUACUUUAGUGGAGGCACUGUUGCUGCUUCAUUUGCUGACAUGGACUUUGUUAAAAGAAGAGAAAGUGUUGAGGAGCUUUUUGAGGAUGGCACCAUUUCAUUUCUGAGCAUUGCAUCCAUAUGUCACGGAUUUAAAAUACUCAAUUCUUUGACUGCACCUGGUAUUUGCCGGCAUACAGCAUCGCUUACAAUGCAUGUGGAGAAGAUGCUUUUGGAUUUAAGGCAUGAAAAUGGGGCUAAAGUUUGUACAAUUUACAAAAGCCGUGCUUCAAAGGUACUUUGUCACGAAUCAGGUUCUAUACUGUCAUUCAACUUGAAAAGGCCGGAUGGCUCUUGGUUUGGAUAUCGUGAGGUGGAAAAAUUAGCUUCCCUAACUGGGAUUCAGUUACGGACAGGAUGCUUUUGUAAUCCUGGAGCAUGUGCAAAAUAUCUUGGGUUGUCUCAUUCAGAUCUUCUUUCAAACUUAGAGGCUGGGCAUGUUUGCUGGGAUGAUAAUGACAUAAUAAAGGGAAAACCAACUGGAGCUGUUAGGGUAUCAUUUGGUUACAUGUCAACGUAUGAAGAUGCCAAGAAAUUUAUUGAUUUUAUAACAAGAUCAUUUGUAUCAACACCAUAUAAAUCUGGAAAUGGGAAUCUCUUGAGACCGAGGUCCAUCCCCUUCUCAAGUGAAGGACGGGGAAAAGGAUACUCAUCAGUCAGUUAUCUAAAGUCCAUUACUAUUUACCCAAUAAAAUCAUGUGGAGGAUUUAGUGUAGAAAGUUGGCCUCUGACCAGUACUGGUUUGCGACAUGAUCGGGAAUGGCUUAUUAAAAGUCUAACAGGGGAAAUCCUUACUCAGAAAAAAGUUCCUGAAAUGUGCUUUAUCAGCACUUCUAUUGACCUAAAUCGAGGGCUAAUGUUUGUUGAGUCCCCUCGAUGUAGAGUGAAGUUGCAGAUCAAUCUAAGGAUAGAUUCAUACACUGAUACAAAAGAGGAAAUUGAGUUGCAUGCGAAGAGCAGAUUUGAAGUACAGCACUGUGCAAAUGAUGUCAACCUAUGGUUUAGCAAUGCUGUUGGUCGUCCCUGCACUCUAUUACGAUAUUCCAGUUCUAAGGACACGUGUAAGAACAGAGCUAUGAACAUGUGCAGAGAUGUUCAGAGCAGAUUGAGUUUUGCCAAUGAAGCUCAGUUUUUACUCAUAUCUGAGGAGAGUGUAUCUGACCUCAAUAACCGAUUAAGCCUGAAUGUGCGAAAAGGAACUCAUGAGACGCCCCUCCAAGUCAAUCCAAUGAGAUUUCGACCCAACCUUGUCAUAUCUGGAGGUGAACCUUAUGCUGAAGAUGGGUGGAGAAGUCUCAAAAUUGGGAGCAAGUCUUUUACAUCAUUGGGUGGAUGCAACCGUUGCCAGAUGAUCAAUAUUGUGCAUGGAAGUGGACAAGUGCAGAGGUCAAAUGAACCUUUGGCAACUUUAGCUACGUACAGGAGAGUGAAGGGGAAGAUUCUGUUUGGAAUAUUGUUAAGAUGUGAGAACACUGAUAAGCCUGGGCUGCAGACAGAUUCUUGGCUUCAAGUAGGACAAGAAGUAAAUCCAUAUUCAGAAUAGGGAUAUAUGCAAGACUAAGAAUACCAUAUUAUAAAGUCCGACUCAAGAAGAAAAAGAAAGAAUUGAGUUUAGAAGCUCUCAAAAGGGGCAGGAAUGUACAAAUAUACAAGGUGAGAUGUCAGUUGGAACCACACUUUGCUAAAUGCAUGUAAUGUUUUUCUAGCAACGGUGUCAUUAGCUUUUGAUAUUCACUGCUAUAAGCCGUUGAGGUAUAUUUCUGCCAAGGUCUGUUGGAUGUAAUUAAAUUUCAUACAUAAUGUUGAUCAAUAACUAUAACUAUGAGCUGUGGGUCCGUUUUCUUUGAAA